AUGGGACACAAUGUUGAAAGCCUUGCCAAAGUCAAGAUAAACAACAUGCACCACUCUCCCCUCAUCUGCAAAGCCAGCAGCUUCAUCACAGAAGGCUACAAGAUUGGUCAGAGUUUGUGUCUUCCACUAGACCAGGUCAACUUUGUAGUGUGCCAACUGUUUGCCUUGCUUGCGGCUAUUUGGUUUCGAACAUACCUUCAUUCAAGCAAAACUAGCCCAUUUAUAAGACAUGUUGUUGCAACUCUCUUGGGCCUUUAUCUUGCACUUUUUUGUUUUGGAUGGUAUGCCUUACAUUUUGUUAUACAAAGUGGAAUUUCCUACUAUAUCAUGGUCAUAAUAGGAGUGGAAAAUAUGCACAAGUAUUGCUUUGUUUUUGCUUUGGGAUACCUCACUGUGUGCCAAAUUACUAGAGUCUAUAUCUUUGAUUACGGACAGUAUUCUGCUGAUUUUUCUGGUCCAAUGAUGAUAAUUACACAGAAGAUCACCAGUUUGGCGUUUGAGAUUCAUGAUGGAAUGUUUCGGAAAAAUGAAGAUUUGACUCCGUCACAGAGGUGCUUGGCUGUAAGACGCAUGCCAAGUCUACUGGAGUAUUUAAGUUACAACUGUAAUUUCAUGGGUAUCCUGGCAGGCCCGUUAUGCUCUUACAAAGACUAUAUUACUUUCAUUGAAGGCAGAUCAUACCAACUGCAACAGUCUGAAGCAAAUGGGAAGGAAGAUACAAAAUAUGAACAAGCGGAUCCUUCUCCAAAUAUAGCCGUGGCACAGAAACUCUUAAUCUGUGGCCUGUCCUUACUCUUCCACAUGACUAUUACAAAAACUUUGCCUGUGGAAUACAACAUCGAUGAUAACUUCAGAGCUACAGCAUCAUGGCCUGUAAGGUUUUUCUACCUGUACCUGUCUCUUAUGGCUGCCAGACCCAAGUAUUAUUUUGCAUGGACUUUGGCAGAUGCAAUUAAUAAUGCAGCAGGGUUUGGUUUUAGAGGCUAUGAUAAAAAUGGAGUUACACGUUGGGAUCUAAUAUCAAACCUGAGAAUUCAGCAAAUAGAGUUUUCCACAAGUUUCAAGAUGUUUCUUGAUAACUGGAAUAUCCAAACAGCUCUUUGGCUUAAAAGAGUGUGCUACGAGCGAGCAAUCUUCAGCCCAACGAUCCAGACCUUCAUCCUUUCUGCCAUCUGGCAUGGCGUUUACCCAGGAUAUUAUUUAACAUUUUUAACAGGAGUGCUAAUGACACUAGCAGCACGAGCUAUACGAAACAAUAUCAGACACUAUUUUGUUGAAUCUCCUGCUGUUAAACUGUGUUAUGAUAUUAUAACAUGGAUGGCAACUCAAAUAGCAAUAAGUUACACAGUCGUGCCAUUUGUACUGCUCUCUGUAAAACCCUCUUUCACCUUUUACAGCUCCUGCUAUUUCUGUCUUCAUAUUGCCAGCAUCCUGGUGUUGUUGGUAUUUCCAUUGAAAAGAACUCAAAAAGGAAGCAAAAAGCAUGAAAGCAUCCAGCCUGUGUGGUCCAAAAAACUAGAAGAAGAAAAUCUUUUGCAAAAGAACAGUUAUUCCACAACAAAUAAUAGUUUCAGUCAGAAACAAGAAAUAACCUGCAGAUAUCAAGCAUUAAAACAGUGAUUGAGGAAAUACUAUGAUGAAUAUAUUUUGUAUGUUUUCAAAAACCCAUUUUUAGCACCUUUUAAAGGGGUUUGUAUUUGUUUGCAAAGAUGUUUAGUAAGGAAAGAAUGCAUUACCUAGGAAAAUCACAUACCUUAGUAAGACUGGAAACAAAACAAAUUAACCCCUCCCAUGCCAUGUCCCUGUGGGUCACGCCUUAUAUGAAGAUAUUACCAUUAUUUCAAUGGGCACUCAGGACUUGCAACGUAUGUCCAUAGGGUCAUCUGUCUGCCCUUUGCUGAAUGUACGUUGUGUAUCCCAAGGCACUGAUGGGGUGGAAUAAAAUUGUGUCAAUCUAGGACUAACAAAUGGAAAUUAA